AUAUAUGUCACAAAUAUGUUCAAUUUAUAUAUUCCAAUUUAUUUAAACAACAUACAUACAAACAUUUUACAUGCUUGUUUGCCGUAUUAAUUCCUUAUGUUUUCAUUAUUUGUACAGACUGAACUUUUAACAAGUCAACACAAUCCACAUUUCAUUUCAAUUUCUAUCCCAUUUUAGAAUUAGCACAAUUUUUUAAAAACUUGAUUUAUUUUACAUAUUUAUUUUACCUUAUCUUAUAGCUCACACAAACUGUUGUAAAAAAACAAAUGAAAUGAAAAUAAAGAUCUAACCCAACUUCAAACUAUUUUAAUUAAAUGACUUAUUUAAUCAUUUUGUAUGGUUUAAAUUAAUUUUGUUGUUGUUGUUAUUUGACAUUACUGUGAUCUAAACCAAGAGUUACAUAAUGAAAAUAGUAUGCUUAAUGCUUACUGAUUAUUGAAUAAAGCGUUUAGAUUUGACCUAAGAGACAAACAAACAAACAAAAAUGCUAGAAACACUUUCAGUAUGCAUUUCAGGCCUUGCGUUUAGGAUGCUACACAGUUACGUCAUUGCGCGCGCCCAAAUUCAAACGUAAUCAAAAGACCGCCAAUUUCGCCAAAUUACGCGCAUUCAGGAUAGAGACCAACGGUCCACGGCUGUUCGCACUUGUCGACUGGAAACAAGAAUGGAAUGAAAAUUGGAGCAUUGUUCCAACAUCACACAUAAAAAAAACUUAGACAAUGAUGAUUUCUUGGAUGGACUGGAUGACAGAUCUGAUUUAACUGAGUGGAGAGGUGGACUGAAGAAAAAACCUCAAAGCGGAUGGCAUUUGUACGAGAAAAUGGUGCAUAAAGUUGCAGGUAAUUUUUGAUUUUUUUUAAGUAUAAUUCACACAUUGAUAUUGCACGGAGAAUACAUUUGAAAUGAUCGCCAAACUGCAUGAGCCAUUGAUUUACCAAACUACUGGUCAGGGUAACGUUAGCCCAGCUUACUAGCUCGGUAAGAAGAACAGAUCGGUUAGUUGAGCAGAAAUUAACCGUGUUACGUUUUUUAAAUUUCUCUAUUACUGCAUAAUUGUGUGCGUUGUAUGUUCAUAUUUAACAGCUAACGUUAACUACGAGUAGAUUAUUAGACUGAAGUGCAUAAUUCUAUGAUCUUUAAAUGUUUAUGUGAGAAUAAUAUCUUUAAAAAGUAAUAUUUUAGCGGCCAGACACAUGUAGUGGAGAAAUAAAAAUGCAUGACUGUUAACUACACUGUGUUUCACAGACAGGCCUAAGCCAGGAUUAGGCCUUAGUUCAAUAUGAAUAUUUAAGUAGUUUUUAUGAACGUACACUAGAGAGAGGGGGAAAAAAACCAUUACUUGUGUGCAUCUUGUGACGGAACAAUGGCUUAGACAUGAUUUAAGAUAUAUCAGUACAAGUUUCUUUCAGUUAAAACAGCUCAAACAUGCAUUUUAGUCUAGGGCUAGCUUAAGCCUUGAGGUGUUUAAAAAAUAUAGCCCUAGUUGUAACUUUUGCUUUAGAUUCUACACUUUGUAUUCCCCUUUUUUCCCCAUAGGCUACGUUUACAUGCACCCAACUUGUAAUCGGAUUGAAGGCUCAAUCGGAUUGAAAAACGUUCAUGUAAACACCUUAAUCGAUCCGAUUGAGCUCGAUCCGAAUGAAAUUUCAAUCGGAUUGGAAGGGGUGCUUUAUUCCUUUUCUAAUCCGAUCCAACAGCAAAAAAUGACCAUGUAAACGCUUGAAUCCGACUACUUUCUCAAUCGUAUUCAGAAGUGUCUGGGGCACAUGCGCAGUAACACUUAUUACGCAGCGCGCAAACUCACGUUCACGUUCACGUCUUUAGUUGGGAAGAUGGCGGCGGGUGGAAAAAACUCGACGACGGAGGAAACAAACUAUUUACUAAUCGUAUUAAAAGAGAAAAAAUAGUGGAGAGACUGGACAGAAGAAAGGUCCGCAAUAACGAGCUGUUUAAGGAGGUGUUUGAAGAAAUGCAGAUUGCAGGUUUCAGUCGAACAAUCGAGCAAAUCAAAAACAGAUGGAAGUUACUAAAAACGGCGUUCUUCAAAGCUAAAUCACAGAAUGGUAAAAGUGGUAGUGACCCGUCCGAUUUUCCGUUUUACGAAAUUAUUGAUUCAUUUAUGGGAGAGCGUCCUAUUGCAAACCCUGAGGAUAACGGCGUGGAUGUCCGCUUCUCCGAGGACUUGCCCUCGGAAGACACGACCAACAGUCCAGAUUCAUACUCCGAGGACAAUAUAGACAGCCCUUUUGAUGAAGCUUCUAUGGCGUCUUCCAGUAGUGAAAUCACCCCAGGUUUACAUGAAGAGACCUCUUCACAGGGGCCACGAAAGAGAAAAGGACCUACAUCAAGAAUAACUUCUCGCUAUGAAAAAGCUAUAAAGAUGUGGUCAUUUGAGCAGCAGACCUUUCUGGAAAAGAUGCAGGAGACUCAAAAUGUGUGGAUGGAACAGCAACUGCAAAGAAACCAGGAACAUGAAGAGAGGCUCCUCAUGACACUAGUUGAGGAACAUUCCAGAUCAAAUGAACGGCUUGUAGGACAACUGCUUUCAGGUCUUAGUGGCAUCUUACACCAAACAUCAGCACUACACAUGCAGACGAAUCGUAUCCUGAUGUUCCGCCCCCAUCCCCAAACGCAGCACUCAUAUGCAGAAACAAGGGGUCAUUCUUCAAAAAAUACUCCACACAACGCUGACACUACUAGCAUGUACACAUUUAUGAAUCUGUGAUAAUCUGUGUUCAAUUGUAGCCUAAGGAAACAGACAUUCCUUUUGUAAAAUGUUUAUUUCACAACAGUUAUUGUUCAACACAUUUAGUUUACAUUUGAAACAUGUUUACACAGGUCACACAGAUCUUUUUGAUAAGCACUUUAAGCUUGCUUUAUUGAAAUGCUGCAGAUUAUAGACUGUAGUUAAGAAAAAGUUAACAGUACUGUUCGCAGUGGUUUCUGUUUUUGUGAUGUCAUACUGCAGUUUAUAUUUACUAAAAGAUUAUUUUAAAGUGUGUGAAAAGAAAAUACAGGGCAGUACUGUACAAAAUUUACAAUAAAUGGUUUAUUCAC